AUGAACCCAAGGCAGCAAAGGAACGGAAGCGUCAUUGCAGGUGGAGGAGAAAGCGAACACCAACUUCGAUUUGGGGGGUUUCGAUCCUUGGUUCCUUGCUCGUCGCAGGCCAAAAAGGGGACCGAGGGUGGUAUCGGCGAUUACAGAUCGCGGGGAAGGACGAGUCUCCGUGAGCGCCUCCGACGCUCGAAUGGUCCGAAGAAAAGAGAAGGGACGAAGCAGCGUGGCUGCACUCCUUCUCCGAUGAUGAGGUUUGAAGGGGGAAAGGGAGGCGAGAAGGUUUCGUCGGUCUCGGUAGGUGCAGCGAGGGCUUCUCAAGCAGUUCCCGGCUGCUUCUCCUUCGAAUCCGGUAGCACAUGCGAAGGGGAGGAGGACAUUUGGCCCGAUGCAGCAAUGCAAGCGGAAACAACAACUUCGGUGCGGGUUUUGGCAGUAGUGCUCGAUAGAAAAGAAGAACGAAGCUGCCGUGGUCUUCGGUGGGUGUAG